AUGGGUAAGCAAUCGUCAUCGGCAAUUGUACCUCCCGAAUAUGACGAAGAAUUAAAUCACUUGUUUUUCGUUAAAGAUAUUCCUAUGCGAAAUGAUGGCAUGAAGAAAUCUGAUUUACGAAGAAAUUUUUAUAGCAUCUAUAAAGCAUUCGUUGAAAACCGGCAGAAUUUAAUCAAUGAAUUGAGGAAUAUUGCAGAUAAGUCGAUAUGUGUUAAAAAAGGUUGUACCAUUUCUACAAUUACUGGAAGUUCAAUUGGUAUUGGUGGUGGUGCUGCAGCGAUUGCUGGAACUGUUGUAUAUCCACCGUUACUUCUCGGAGGAUUGGUUGUUGCUGGACUUGCUACAGCUUCAAAUUUGGGAACGCAGUUAACUGAGUUCAUGAUUUUUCGAAGUAUGAUCAAGAAGGUAGAAUCAUUGUCAAAAUACGACAUCGAACUGAUGCGCGAUAUUGAAGAUAUUUAUCAGGAUGCAUUGAAUUCUGACUUGUUUGAAACAAAUGAACGAUCUGAUAGGACUCAAACCAUGGAUACCGCAACAAAUGACCUGCCAUCACUGGGACUACAAAUUGGCGCUGGAGGUGCGAAAAGUGCAACCGCUUUAGGCUUACGAAGUGUUGGAAUUCAAACGCAGAUUGGAAGUUCACUGAUGCGAGGCGUUGCACGUGGUGCCAUUGGAAUUGGGGUUAUUAUCGAUGGUGUGACGAUGUUUCUCUCGGUGCGUGACAUAGUGAAAGGUUGCUCAACAAAAUUUAGCGACUGCCUAAAUAGUCUUGCAGAUUUCAAAGAAAAAGAACUAGGACAAAUUAUGGAUAGGAUUGAUUUAAAUAAUUUUCUUAUAGAAGGAUAA